AUGUCCCGCUCCGAGAGCACCGCGCCGCCGGCCUCAGCCCAUACUUCCGACAUCGAGAGUCCUCCGUCUCCCCAGCUCGAUCCACCUCCGUUGCCACAGGCCUCAUCCUCUUCCGUGUCGCUUGUCGGUCGUAACUUGCCACGAGGUGCGACGUUGAGGAAGACGUCGCAGACCGUCGCCGAGAAGAAGACCGCUGGGGACGAUGAUGUGACGAUGAAGGAUGUUGAGAAGGAGUUCGACCCAGAUUCGAUCCAGGACUACGACGAGGACGAGCGCGAGAACCGCGGGAAGACGAGGGAGUCGGUGAGGAAGCAGAAGUCGAAGAAGGACUGA